AUGCGUUCUUGCUGUGGGGCAGCGCCUCAAACGUCGGAGUCUGCUGAUCAUCCGAGACCUUCGUUCAAGUACAAGGCGAAAGCCGUCCUUCAGAAGGCCUUCGGUGGUGAAAAGAAAAGAAAGGAGCAGGAUCCUGCGGGGACCGUCAAAGACGAACAGGCUGCCACCUUGAAUGCGCAACAUCAUGGAAUUGAAGAGUGCCAAACCAAGAUAGCGUCUCCAUUUGUAGAACAACCUAUCGAGGGCAACACUCAAGAGAAGACGAUCCCAUUGAGUAUCAUCGCUGGGGCUGUGAAGCCCUCUGAGCUUGGACUCCACAAAGAGCCACAUGUCGGCAAGAAGAAAAGGGAUCCCCUACACCAAGUCGCUCACAUGGUCACAGCACACCCCAAACACGGCGGUCACGGUUUCGGCGAAGGCAGCCAUCACAGCCACUCGAGCAAGUCCAGUCACUCCCGCCAGUCUAGUCACUCGAGUCACUCCAGCGGAGGCGAUCCGGAAGACUUAUGCGACAACACCGCUGGCAACGGAGGGGGCCUGAUCUUCGAGGAUGGAAGCGAAGGCGCGUUUCAGACUGGAGGCGAAUACAAGGACCUGCCCAUCGGCGCGGCCGCGGACGCGCCUUCCGCGCCUGCGGACGCUCCUCCUGCGCCCGCGGAUGCCCACAUCGCGCCCGCGGACUGUCCCCCUGCUCCUACGGACGCCCCACCAGCGCCUGCGGACGCGCCUGCGGACGUCCUGCCCGCGCCUGAGGACGCCCCUUUCGCGCCUGCGGACGCUCCUCUCAAGCCUGCCGACGAUAUUCCCGCUCCUGCGGAAGCCGCUCCCGCGCCUUCGGAUGCCUCUCCAGCGCCUGCGGACGACCCUCCAGCGCCUGCGGACGCCCCUCCCGCGCCUUCGGAUGCCCCUCCCGCCGCUGCGGACGACCCUCUAGCGGCUGCGGACGCUCCUCCUGCGCCUGCAUAUGACCCACCCGCGCCUGCGGACGAGGAAUUCGGGGGCUUUGACGCCCCUCAUGCUGCGACGGACGUUUGGGGCGGAGGACUCGACGCCACUCCUGCUGCUGCGGACGCUUGGGGUGGAGGCGCUGACUUCUCCAGCGGCGGCGACGGUUUCUCUGCCGGAGACACCGGGGGUUACGCAGAGGGCGGGGGCGAUAACACCUGGAAUUAG